AUGGACGACACGAAGAGAACGUGCCGCAGGCGCCGCGAGGUGAUUCUGAACCACCUCGGUCUUGGCUUAUUGAGCACUGCCCUGACCAAGGAGGAGGUAGCUGCACCGCUCGAUGCAGGCCUGGCCGCGGUCCAGUUCGGUGCCGAGAGCGUCAGCUUGCACGUGCACAGAGAUGGCAGUGGCGUGGCGGUGCUGACGAUCGACAACCCGCCCGUCAACGCGCUCAGCAGAGGCGUCUUUGAUGGCCUCAUCAGGCUCACACAUGAAGCGCUGGAGGACGACAACGUCAAGCUUCUGGUGAUCACCGGCGCCAAUCAGAAGUUCGUGGCCGGCGCAGAGAUCGCCAGCAUACAGGAUAGCAUCGAACUGCUCCGGAACACUCCAGACCGCCUCGACGCCGAUUCGAUGCGCUUGAUGGAGCGGGAGCACGCGUGGCUCAACUGGCUCGAGUCGCAGUCUAAGCCGGUGGUCGCUGCCAUGGACACCUUCGCACUCGGCGGCGGACUCGAGGUCGCCAUGGCCUGCCACGCCCGCGUCGCCACCCGGAGGACCAAGCUGGGCCUGCCUGAGCUGGCGCUCGGAGUGAUUCCGGGCCUGGGCGGCACCCAGCGACUCCCGCGCUUGGUCGGGAUGAAGAAGGCGGUCGACAUGAUGCUGUCGUCUCGUUCGCUGAAGGCCGAUGAAGCCAAGAAUCUCGGGCUGGUCGAUGAGGUCGUUGGAGGCAGCGAUCCAGCGCAACUCAUCGACGCUGCGAUCACGGUGGGCAAAGAGAUCGCUGAGGGCAUGAGGCCGUUCGUGCGCGCCACGCAGCUCACCGACAGGCUCGAGCCUCUGCCCGAGGCCAAGAAGAUCAUCGACGAGCGGGCCUAUCCGCCCAACACCGUCGUGCACCCGUUUGCCUGUCUCGACGCCGUCCAAGCCGGCGUACAGAUGGGCGGGUCCAGCGGCGUCGAUGCGGAGCGGCGGGCCGUCGUGGCGUGCCUCUACAACGAUGCAUCCGAAGCCAUGACCCACGCGUUCUUUGCCGAACGCAAAACGGCCAACGUCUCUGGGGUGACCGACCAGGGACUCCAGCCUCGCCCCAUCCGCUCAGUUGGUAUAAUCGGCGGUGGGUUGAUGGGAUCGGGCAUUGCGACGGCUCUCCUGUUCAGCGGCAUAGCGGUGGUCAUUAAGGAGGUCAGCCGCCAGUUGCUCGACGCGGUCGUCAAUACUGUGACGGCCAAUCUCGACCGCGCGGUCGAGCGGCGCCGCCUGACCAGGGAACAGCGCGAUCGCCUUCUUUCGAUGGUCACGCCCACGCUCCAGUUUGCCGACUUUGUCGCCGUGGACAUGGUCAUCGAGGCUGUGGUGGAGAAUCUGAAGGUGAAGCAGGACGUGUUCCGGGAGGUGGAGAAGGUGGUCAAGCCCGAUUGCAUACUCGCCACCAACACCUCCACGAUCCCGAUCGAUCAGAUCGCCACCGCCACCCAAUCCGCGCACAGGAUGCUCGGUGUACACUUUUUCAGUCAUGCCUCUGGUGGAGAUCGUGCGGACGCGCGAGGUGUCGGCGCAGGUGAUCGUGGACACGCUCGGACUGGUCAAAGCCCUGCGCAAGACGCCCAUCGUCGUGGGCAACUGCCCUGGAUUACCGUCAACCGGAUCUUCUUCCCCUUCUUCCAGGCCGCCUCCCUGCUCGUCGACUGCGGCGUCGACCCGUACCGCAUCGACAGGUGA